AAGUCCCUUGAAGACCGAUAGGCGAUAGACACUCUGCAAAACUCAGUUCAUUCUCCCUCUCUUUACUUCACCCUUUAGAUUCUCUCUCUCUCUCAAGAAUGACAAUGGGUGCGGCGGAGAGACCCACAGUUCGCGUCUCUAACAUCCCUCAAACCGCGACGGCCCACGACCUCCUACACUUUCUCGAGUCCACCCUCGGACCGGACUCAGUCUUCGCCGUGGAGAUCGCCACCGAGCGCAAGAACUGGAAGUCCCGGGGCUUCGGUCGUGUCCAGUUCGCCACCCUCGAGGCCAGGUCCAAGGCCCAGUCCCUCUCUCUAAGCUUCAAGUCCCAAACCCUUAGGCUUUCCGACACCUACGACGACAUCGUCGUCCGCCCCGUGCACCCCAAGCGCCGCCUCGAGAACUGCGUUCUGCAUGUGGGUUUCAUGGCGAGAGAGGGCUGCAUGAGUGUUCUGGAGUCGUGGGAGGGCGUCAGGGUUUGGGUUAUGCCCGAGAGAGGGCGAGUGGAGUUCUGGGUGUGGCAGAGUGGCGAGUGUUAUAAGGUGGAGGUUCUGUUUCAGGAUGUUUUGGAGGCUGAUAGGUGUUGUUUGGGAGGAACAGAUGUCAAUGCGCUGCUUCUCAAGCUCAAGUAUGGCCCGAGGAUCUACCAAAAAGUUUCUGGACCUGGUAUAACUUCAAAAUUUAGUGCUGAUCGGUACAAUAUCUUCAAGGAAGAUCUUGACUAUCUAUGGGUUCGCACUACUGACUUUUCUGUUAUGAAGUCAAUUGGACAAUCAACUUCAUUUUGUUGGGAAAUUGAAGGACUAUCGGCUUCAGAUAUUUUUACAAGUUUCCCUCGCUUUAAAGAAGACAUGAAGGAUCUGAUUUUAGAGGAUGGGGAGGAAUUCUGUUCUACAUCCGAGAUAGUUCCACUUGUGAAAUGUGAAUUGGGCUCUAACUUAGCAUAUGAAAUCUUUUUCCAACUCAAUUCCCUUAUUCAUACCCAAAAAAUUAGCCUUGCUGCAGCAGAUUCUGACCUGGUUGAGACACUUGGCAGAUUAAAGGUUGAAACUGCUCUUAUGAUCCUUAAGAAGUUGCACAAGCUAAAUUCCACUUGUUAUGAUCCCGUGUCGUUUGUAAAGACUCAAUUACAUGUCCUAGGAAGAAACAUUAAAAGCGUUCCCCCAUCUUCCCAUGAAAGGUUAGCAGAUCAUAAUGUAAUGAGUUGUCAUAGAGCCCUAAUUACCCCUUCAAAAAUUUAUUGCCUGGGUCCUGAGCUUGAAACUUCUAAUUAUGUCGUGAAGAAUUUUGCAUCAUAUGCCUCAGACUUUAUGAGAGUUACUUUUGUUGAAGAGGAUUGGAGUAAGCUUCCGGUAAAUGCCAUUUCCACUAGUGUCCAGCGAGGUAUUUUUGCCAAACCUUUUAGAACUGGAAUAUAUCAUCGGAUAUUGUCUGUUCUUCGAGAUGGGAUUGUGAUUGGGGCAAAAAGGUUUCAGUUUUUGGCUUUUUCGGCUAGUCAACUCCGAUCAAAUUCCGUUUGGAUGUUUGCUUCUAAUGAAAAAAUAAAAGCAGAAGAUAUCAGAGAAUGGAUGGGGUGCUUCAAUAAGAUUCGUAGUGUCUCCAAAUGUGCAGCAAGGAUGGGCCAGUUGUUCAGUUCCUCUUACCAAACUUUUGUCGUCCCUGAACAAGAUAUAGAGAUUAUUCCUGAUGUUGAAGUAACCUCUGAUGGUUUUGACUACUGCUUCUCAGAUGGCAUUGGAAAAAUUUCUCUGACUUUUGCUAUGCAGGUUGCUCAGAAAUGUGGGUUAAAUCAGACUCCUUCAGCAUUUCAAAUUCGAUUUGGUGGAUACAAAGGUGUCGUUGCUGUUGACCGUAAUUCCUUUCGGAAGCUAUCUCUGCGUAGUAGUAUGCUUAAAUUUGAAUCAGAAAACAGGAUGCUUAAUGUCACUAAAUGGAGUGAUUCAAUGCCUUGCUAUUUGAAUCGAGAAAUUAUUUCCCUCUUGUCUACCUUGGGAGUGGAGGACGAAGUAUUUGAGGCAAUGCAACAGGAACAAUUGUGUCUGCUUCGCAAAAUGCUGACAAGUAGAGAGGCAGCUUUAAAUGUCUUAGAGAGCUUGAAUGGAUCAAAUUCUAGAAACAUUCUGGUAAAAAUGCUGCUUCAGGGUUAUGAGCCAAAUCAGGAACCUUACCUCUUGAUGAUGCUUCAAGCACAUUACGAGAACCUGUUGUCUGAUUUGAAAAGUAGAUGUCGAAUAUUUGUCCCAAAGGGCCGGAUCCUGAUAGGUUGCAUGGAUGAAACUGGCAUUUUAAACUACGGCCAAGUUUAUGCCCGUGUCACCAUGACAAAAGCAGAACUACAAUCGUUGGAUCAGAGUUUCUUCCACAAGGUGGAUGAGACAACACGUGUAAUAGUAGGGAAGGUGGUUGUAACCAAAAAUCCUUGUCUUCACCCAGGAGACAUCAGAGUCCUUGAGGCUAUCUAUGACGUGGAAUUGGAGGAGAAGGGUCUGGUGGAUUGCCUUGUCUUUCCUCAGAAAGGAGAACGGCCGCAUGCAAAUGAAUGCUCUGGUGGUGAUCUUGAUGGAGACCAAUUUUUCAUCAGUUGGGACAAAGAUCUCAUCCCAUGUCAAACUGAUCCCCCAAUGGACUACACAGGGCGAAGACCUCGUAUAAAGGAUCAUGAUGUGAGCUUAGAGGAAAUUCAAAAGUUUUUUGUUGAUUACAUGAUCAAUGAUACUUUGGGCGCCAUCUCUACCGCACAUCUAGUUCAUGGCGACCGUGAGCCAGAUAAAGCUCGGAGCCAAAAAUGUCUAGAGUUGGCAAACCUUCACUCCAUGGCUGUUGACUUUGCAAAAACCGGUGCACCAGCUGAAAUGCCCAGGUUCUUGAAACCAAAGGAGUUUCCAGAUUUCAUGGAGAGGGUAGGCAAACCCAUGUAUACCUCCAACGGGGUAUUGGGGAAACUCUACCGUGCAACAGUUGACUCAACAAUGCAAGAGAAGUCAAACUUGGUUUUGGAUAAGACUUACGAUUAUGAUCUUGAAGUGGAUGGUUUCCAGACCUUCCUUGAAAUUGCAGAAAGUCACAAAGACCUUUAUGUAGAGAAACUGGGUACCUUAAUGAUAUAUUAUAGAGCCGAGAGUGAAGAUGAGAUUCUAACGGGUAAUCUGCGGAGCCGUGAAGCAUAUUUGCAGCGUGAUAACAGGAGAUAUGGUGAUAUGAAGGAUAGAAUUUUGCUGUCAGUGAAGAGCUUACAAAAUGAAGCCAAAGAAUGGUUUGAAAGUAGCUGCCAAAGGCAUGAACGUCAACGGUUGGCCUCGGCUUGGUAUCAUGUAACCUACCACCCAACUAAUUGCCAGGAAAGCUUUCGUUGCUUGAGCUUUCCAUGGAUCGUAGGUGAUAUUUUGCUGAACAUAAAAUCUGUAAAUAGCAGAAAAGUUCGCCCAUGAGAAGAUGUUGUAUGUAGCCAAUUUGUCUGGAAGACCCAAUCAUAUUGUACCCAUUGGAUGAUAUUAGAGCUUUUUGGCCAAGCUCUACAGACAAAAGCUCCCUCUCUCUCUAGAAUAACAUUGUGCGUGGUGGAGAGACCCACAGUUCGGGUGUCAAAUAUCCCUCAAACAGCAACAGCUAAUGACCUCCUCUCGGCCCGGACUCACGGCGAUAAAAAUGGGUGUGGCAGAGAGACCCACCUACAGUUCGGGUGUCAAACAUGUCUCAAACAGCGACAGCCCAUGACCUCCUACACUUCCUCGAGUCUGACUCUCGGCCCGGACUCGACCUUUUGCUGUGGAGAACAGUAGGGUUCACAUAUUCCAUUGUAGGCGGGGAUCCCGUGCAAUAGAACUGUCUUUUUUUGUAGGUAGGCUGCUUGAGAGGUGGGAUUUGGACAGGCUUUCACAUGGGCUGCCCUGCAGAGGAUGAGGAUCCUUCCACUGCCAUGUACAUCAUUGAAAAAUUAUGCGAUUUUUUUGUAUUGUUUUU